AGAUGCGAUGCGAGACGCGUUUGCCCAACAGCCACAAAGGAGCACAAAGUGAAGUGACCAACUCAACACUACAACUGCGCGCUGCUUUGGAUAAACAUAACAGGAAUGCAGAGGUGCUCCUGGUGUUAGAAGAACCAUAGACCUUGAAGCACUUCCACAGAGAUAGAGCUGAUAGAGCCGAGGGAGCAGGAAAAAAUGGAAAAAUGCCAGUGUUUGAUUGUCAGGUUUGGAGCAACGGUGAAAUAGCGUAAACAAUGCAAGAUGGCCGCCCACAGGAUCAGAGUAACCACCAACAACAAUGUGCUCCCUAGAUGUAAAUCAGAGGGCACUCUUAUUGACCUUGAUGAGGGAGUGACUGAGGCGAGUCUUACAGAUGUCAAAGUGCCUUCUCCCAGUGCCUUGCGUUUGGCUCCCUCAACAUCAUUUGGAACUGCACGGGAAGUGGUUGCCAUAAAGGAUUACUGUCCAUCCAGUUUUACCACUCUAAAGUUCUCCAAAGGGGAUCAUCUCUAUGUGCUGGACGCAUCUGGUGGGGAAUGGUGGUACGCCCACAACAACCGAGAAAUGGGAUACAUCCCUUCGACGUAUGUCCAGCCGAUCAACUACAGGAACUCAUCUUUAAGUGACAGUGGGAUGAUUGACAAUCUUGGGGACUGCUCGGAGGAGGGGGCAAAAGAGCUGGACCUGCUGGGGGAGUGGACUGGAAUGUCGCUGAAGCCCUCCCUGCCUUAUGACAACAACAACCCCUUUUCCAUGCUCUCCUCAACCAAUCCAUUCCUAAAUGGGUCCAUGAAUGAUGUUCUUGAUCAGAACAGCAGUGAGAAGGUGAACCAGUGCAACAGCAUGGAUUUGCUUUUGUUUGACUUGCCUUCGGCCCCCUUCUCCACCACCAGCAACACAAAAGGGUACAGCAAUAGUGUCUUUGAUGGAACAUCCACCAGUGCUGAUUUUGAAGCCUUGCAGAUGAUUCGCAAGGGCAAUCCCUUUUUUCGAAGCAAGAGAUCUUACAGUUUAUCAGAGUUAUCUAUCUUACAAUCACAGUCAAAUCCUUCAUUGCUUUCAUCAGGGUUUUUUACAGGGCUCAAAGCUCCCUCCCCGGAGCAGUUUCAGAAUAGAGAGGACUUCAGGACAGCAUGGCUAAACCACCGAAAGUUGGCACGGUCUUGCCAUGACCUCGAGUCCCUUGGGCAGAACCCAGGCUGGGGUCAAACACAACCAGUAGAGACCAACAUUGUUUGCAAAUUGGACAGCUGUGGAGGGGCAGUCCAGCUACCAGAUACGAACAUCAGUAUUCAUGUUCCCGAAGGCCAUGUUGCAGUGGGAGAAACUCAACAAAUCUCUAUGAAGGCUCUACUAGAUCCUCCCUUGGAGCUAAACAAUGACAGAUGCUCCACUGUCAGUCCAGUGGUUGAGAUCAAACUCAGCAACAUGGAGAUUAAGUCAUUCAUUACCUUAGAAAUGAAGGUUUCCGUUGCAACUAGGACAGAAAGUCAAAUGGCGGAGGUUUUGUGUGUAAGAAGUGAUUGUAAAGAGGGUCCUUACUCUCCUGUUCCACAAGCUUACAUUUAUGGUGAUACAAUUCAGGUUCAACUGGACAACUUGGAGCCCUGCAUGUAUGUAGCAGUUAUUGUCCAGACCCAACAAAUUUCCUUCAAUUCAACUGUUUGGGACCAUAUGAUGAAGAAACUAACACUGGGUCUUUAUGGGCCCAAACACAUUCAUCCAUCUUUUAAGACUGUGGUGGCAAUUUUUGGCCAUGACUGUGCCCCCAAGACUCUUCUUGUUAGUGAAGUUGGGAAACAAGCAAAGUCUGCCCCUCCUGUUGCCCUACAACUGUGGGGGAAGCAUCAAUUUAUCCUUGGCAGACCACAGGACUUGCAAAUAGGCAUGUACUCCAACAUGUCAAAUUAUGAGGUCAAGGCAAAUGAUCAGGCUAGGGUUGUUCGUGGGUUUCAGAUCAAAUUAGGCAAGGUGAGUCGGCUCAUCUACAUGAUUACAUCUCGGAAUGCAGAUGAGAUUUCUGACUUCACGUUACGUGUCCAGGUAAAAGAUGAUCAGGAUUGCAUCCUUGCACAAUUUUGUGUUCAGACACCACAGCCGCCACCUAAAACCGGGAUACGAAACAACGGCCAGAGACGAUUUCUAAAGAAAAAGGAAGUUGAUAAAAUUAUUUUGUCUCCUCUGGCCAUCACCACCAAAUACCCACAGUUUCAAGAGCGCUGCAUUACCAACUUGAAAUUUGGUAAACUGAUCAAAACAGUUAUCAGGCAGACCAAGAAUCAGUACUUGCUGGAAUAUAAAAAAGGUGAUAUUAUUGCCCUACUCAGUGAGGAGAAGAUCAAACUCAAAGGACAACUAUGGACCAAAGAGUGGUACAUUGGAUACUAUCAGGGAAAGAUCGGGCUUGUACAUGUAAAAAAUGUGCUUGUCUUGGGAAAGGUCAAGCCUAUUUACUUUUGUGGGCCAGAUCUUACAAGCACAAUGCUGAUGGAACAAAUUCUGAAGCCCUGCAAGUUUCUCACUUACAUUUACGCCUCUGUGAGGACAAUACUUAUGGAAAAUCUGGGAAACUGGCGAGCAUUUGCUGAUGCCCUGGGCUAUGUGAAUCUUCCUUUGACAUAUUUUUGCAGAGCAGAGCUGGAUAGUGAGCCAGAGAGGGUUGCUUCAGUGCUGGAGAAACUAAAGGAAGAUUGCCUCAACAUGGAGACCAAGGAGAAAAAAUCUUUUCAGAAGGAACUUAUGAUGGUAAGCUUAUGCAUUUGUGUGAUGGUUUGUCUGAACUGCAUAGUUUAAAAACUAUUGUGAUUG